AUGUCAACACAUCCAGAAAAACUCCAGACGCCUGAGAAACAGACUCGCCUGAUCCGACACUUUGAAAAAAGUUCGAUCGAGGAGCAUAACAAUGCAUGGACAAACCUCUGGGACACCGAUAACAGUGACAUGUGGGACAGAGGGAAGCCCUCGCCUGCUCUGAUUGAUCUGAUUGAACAGAGGGAAGACAUUCUGAGCCCAAUUGCAGUUGAUGGCCGGAGGAAGAGGGCUCUCGUUCCUGGAUGUGGAAAGGGCUACGAUGUGGUCAUGCUUUCUCUACAUGGGUUCGAUGUUGUUGGGCUUGAGAUCUCGGCCAAGGGAGUCUCCAUCGCAGAGAACUAUGCACGGGAAGAGCUCCAGACUCCCCAAGCGUACAAUUUCGGGUCUGCUUGGGUAAACAAGUUUGAAAGAGGCUCGGUAUCUUUUAUUCAUGGAGAUUUCUUCCAAUCGUCCUCUGUUAAGGGGGAGAGGUUUGAUAUUAUUUAUGACUACACUUUUCUUUGUGCUCUCCAUCCAACAAUGCGUGCUCAAUGGGCUUCACGCAUGGCUGACCUGUUGGUUUCCGGUGGUCUUCUGCUUUGUUUGGAGUUUCCUCUCUUCAGAGAUCCUAGCCUUCCAGGCCCACCGUGGCCCUUGCAAGGCGUCCACUGGAACCUACUCGCUGAGGGUGGUGAUGGAAUUGUGUAUCCUCCCAGGCCGGAUCAACAGGGGAAAACGGGGUCUUUCGAGAGGAAAUGGUAUAUCAAGCCUGAGAGGUCGUAUGAGAGUGGGAAAGGAACUGAUAUGUUGAGCGUUUACAAAAGGAAGUAGAUUAAUAAGUACCUUCAAUUAAAC